GGCGCCGCCGCCGCCCCCCGCCCGGGCUCCGCGCCGGGGGGCAGAGCAGCCGCUGCCUCCGCGCCUCCCCCCUCGGAUUAGGGAGGUGGGUUUUUUUUGUUUUGUUUUGUUGGGUUUGUUUUUUUUUUUUUUUUUGGCUAAUCCCUGCCUCGCCGGGUUUUGCCUCCCAAACUUCAUCCCUACCCCCCUCUUCCCCCCCCCGACCCCCCGCCCGCUCCCCCGGUCCCGGGAGGAGCCGCCAGCCAAGAUGUCCCGGUCCAACCGGCAGAAGGAAUACAAAUGCGGGGACCUGGUCUUCGCCAAGAUGAAGGGUUACCCGCACUGGCCUGCCCGGAUUGAUGAGAUGCCAGAAGCUGCAGUCAAAUCCUCCUCUAAUAAGUACCAAGUCUUCUUCUUCGGGACCCACGAAACGGCAUUCCUGGGGCCCAAAGACCUCUUCCCCUAUGAGGAGUGCAAGGAGAAGUUUGGAAAACCCAACAAGCGGAAAGGGUUCAGCGAAGGUUUGUGGGAGAUCGAGAACAACCCCACAGUCAAAGCCUCCGGUUACCAGCCCACCCAGAAGAAGAACUGCCCCGAGGCGGCUGAGCGGGAGCCGGAGGGAGAUGGGGAGAAGAAGGGCAAUGCGGAGGGCAGCAGCGACGAGGAGGGGAAGCUGGUGAUCGAUGAGCAGUCCAAGGAGAAGAACGAGAAAGCCGGGAUCAAGAGGAAAGCGGAAGAUGCUUUGGAGGACUCCCCCAAACGCCCCAAGGAUGCGGAGGGGCAGGAAGGGGACAAGAAGGUGGACAACGAAGAGGCCCCCAAGGAGGAGCCCAAAGGCAACCCGGGUGAAGGGGAGAAGAACAGUGACACCGCCAACGCGCCAGACACCAACGAAGCCAAGCAGGAGGGCAAGGAGGAGGUCAGAGACCACAAGGAGAGCCUGUAGUGGCUUCCCCGGCGAGCUGAUCCUUCCCUGCCGGGUCCUGGGUGCCGCCCCAUGUCACCCACGCCGGCUCGUCGCGUCCGGAGCUCUGGACGAGAGAAACCACCCCAAAAUGAAAAUUCAAAAGGAAAAAGAAAGUAAAAAAAAAAACCUACAAAAAAAGAGAGGAAUGCAGAGCAGCCCGGUACUGACCCCGAGUGCUCCGUGCCUGCCCUGCCGUGGGCGCACGCUUUGUAUUAGUGAUUCCUCGGGGCUGAGCAGUUGAUUUGAAAUAAAAGCGAAUCUUGCCUUUUUAAA